AUGAAGCUGCCGAUCUUGUGUCUGCUGGCGGUGGCUGCAGGGGGCGCCGGCGGGGUGCUCACGCCCCCUCACAGGUCCUACAGGAUCCUCAUGCUCCUUCCGAUAGCCAGCAUAAGCCACAGAAAUGUGUUCAUGCCGCUGGCCACGGCUCUGGCGGACCGCGGCCAUCAGGUAGUGAUGCUUACCAGCAACCAGGAGUUAGUUGACUAUCCUAACAUCCAGGAGAUUUAUCACGGGAUCCCGAUCGAAAGCAUGUUUAACAGGAGCCUUUUCGAGGAUAGAAAUGAUCCUAUAGGGAUUUUCUUGUUGCUGGGCGAGAUCCUCCCAACUGUGGUCAAGAGGAUUUACCAGGUUCCUGUGGUGAAGGAUCUCUACCACAGGAGGAAGGAGUUUGACCUCGUGAUCAUCAAUCAGAGGUACAACGAGAUUGUUUAUCCAUUUCUACACGAGAUUCCCUUCAUCACCUUAUCCACUCGGGACAUGGAUCUGUGCCAGAGUGCCAUCCUGGGCAACGUCCUCAACCCGGCCUACUUCGUCAAGCUCUAUUCGAACUAUUUCGAUCGUGCGAGGGGCCGCCUCACGCUGCUCGUUCAACGCUUGCGAUUAGAUUUUUACUGGCGAUACUGGCAGGUCAUCCCUAAGCUGCAAAAAGAAAUCUCCGCACAGUUUCCGGGGCUGCCGCCGCUGCUCGAACUGGAGAGGAACGUUAGUCUGGUUCUAGCCAACACGCACUUCUCCAUGGGUCCCGUCCUGCCUCUCCUGCCCUCACAGGUGGACGUGGGAGGCAUGCACUGCCGCCCAGGUCACUCUCUCCCUCGGGAGCUGGACUCGUGGAUCUCAGGCGCAGGGUCGGCGGGGGUCGUUUACUUCAGUCUUGGCUCCGUCUUCAAGACCGAUACUCUGCCAGACCAAUACGUCGGUCUCUUCGUCGAGGUCUUCCGCAGGCUGCCCCAACGCGUCAUCUGGAAGUACGACGGGCGGCUGGAGGGAUUGUCUGACAAUGUGCUGGUCAGAAAAUGGCUUCCCCAGCAGGAUAUUCUUGCCCAAGAUAGUGUGAAGGCGUUCAUCACGCACGGCGGCCUUCUGAGCCUGCAGGAGGCAGUUUACCACGCCAAGCCCGUGCUGGUUCUGCCCCUCUUCAGCGACCAGCCCAGGAACGCCAAGUUUGUGUGGGACAAAGGUCUGGGUCUCACGCUGUCCUGGAACGACGCCCUCACUCCGGACAAGGUCGUCGGCGCCCUCACUGAUGUUAUCACAAACCCAAAGUAUAAAGAAAACGUGACGAAGAUUUCACACUCACUGAGGGACCAGAUGCUCACGCCCCGGGAACUGGCGGUGUUCUGGACGGAGUACGUCCUCCGACACCCCGGGGUACCUCACUUGAGGAACCCCGCGGCCCACCUCUCCUGGCUGGAGUUCCUGAUGCUGGACGUGCUCCUGGUGGUCCUCCUGGCUCUCCUGGCCUUCUGUUUCAUCCUUAGAAGCAUCCUCAGGACCAUCUUGGGCCAGCUAGUUAGCCUCGGGGCAGGAAAGAUAAAGACCGAAUAG